AUGGCUUGGGAGCAACUUGAUAUCACCAAGCCGCACUUGGUGUAUAUCAUUCUUGGUGGCUUUACAUCGCUGUUCAUGCUUUGUUCUUCCUUCAUUAAAGAGCGAAUGUAUAUAGGUGAAGCUACCGUUGCUACAUUGUGCGGUGUCAUCUUCGGACCCCACGUCGCCAAUCUUAUUGACCCCAAUUCUUGGGGCAAUACCGAUAUUGUCACCGUCGAAUUCUCUCGCAUUGUCCUCGUCGUUCAGUGUUUCGCCGUCGGUGUUGAACUUCCCAAAUUUUACAUGGAGAAGCACUGGAAAUCCGUCAUCUUCCUUCUAGUCCCGGUCAUGACUGUAGGAUGGCUUCUUACCAGCUUAUUUGUAUGGUGGAUGAUGCCGGGUCUGAACUGGCUUGACUCUCUCGUCGUUGCAGCAUGUGUAACCGCUACUGACCCCGUUCUGGCCUCAUCCGUUGUUGGUAAAGGCAAGUUUGCGAAACGGGUCCCAAAGCAUUUGCGAGAUCUUCUCUCUGCGGAGUCCGGGUGCAAUGAUGGCAUGGCGUUCCCUUUCAUCUACCUGUCUCUCUAUCUCAUCCAAUACAACAGAGAUGCCAGGGAUGUCAGUUUUCACUUUAUCGUCUAUGUCGUUUUGUACGAGUGCAUCUUCGGCGCUGUUUAUGGCUUCCUUAUUGGCUAUAUUGCUCGUCACGGCAUCAAGUAUGCCGAGUCCCACGAUUUGAUUGACCGCGAAAGCUUUCUGGUCUUCUACUUUGUUGUAGCCCUGUUCUGCGCUGGGUCGGGCAGUAUUCUCGGCGUGGACGAUCUCCUGGUUGGCUUUGCAGCGGGUGUCGGCUUUUCCAACGACGGAUGGUUUGGCGAAAAGACGGAGGAGUCGCAUGUGUCCAACGUUAUUGACUUGCUGCUCAACUUGACUUAUUUUGUUUAUUUCGGCACCAUUAUUCCUUGGGAACAAUACAACGACGGUGCAUUCGGCAUGGCGGCGUGGCGUCUCGUCGUUAUUGCCAUCUUCGUACUUCUUUUCCGUCGCAUUCCCAUCAUGAUGGCACUCAAACCAUUUAUACCUGAUGUUAAGAAUUGGAGAGAGGCGCUCUUUGCAGGACAUUUUGGCCCCAUAGGCGUCGGUGCAAUCUUUGUCGCCAUUCUUGCACGAGCGGAAUUGGAGCAUGAUGAGCCGGUGCCUUUGGGAGAAUUACCUCCACCGGAUGCACCUCAUUUUGCUCUUAUCUACCUUGUAUGGCCUAUUGUGACGUUUCUCGUCAUCUCAUCCAUUCUCAUCCACGGGUCUUCAAUAGCCGUCUUCACUCUAGGAAAGAGGAUCAACACCUUGACGCUCACCAUGUCAUAUACCGCGGCUCCAGAAGAUGGCCCUUCGUGGAUGAACAGGCUGCCCAGAAUAUCAUCUCAGUCUAGAUCCAUGGCCAAGACCAUGUCGGAGACCUCGCUCGAUGAUCUCAAAGAUCCAGAGUUCCCACCCGGAACACUUGCUCCACCAACAGGGUUCUUGCGUCGACAGAGAGAUGAGGAGGGACAUAGUCGCUCAGGCAGUCGUGCCUCCUCACUCGUAUCCAGGAAACGAAAACACAAAAAGUGGGAUGAUGGAAUUGGGCCUGGAGGACCGAUCAGCCAGUCAGCUAUCUUCCCUAGCAGACCUUCGCAAACUGAGGCAUCAGAGAAAGAGCCGUCAUCACCAACGCGGGAGAAUACCGACUCUACCAUGUUCUCCGACGAACAGCGUACUGAGAAGCACGGUGAAACAGAUGAGCAGGGUGAAUCUCCUCAUGAUCACUCACCUCAAAUUAAUGUCUAUGAUGAAGGCAGCCAUCUCGUAUUCGAGAACGAAAAUGGCGACGUUAUCGACAUGCAGCCUAACCCGCAAGGCGACCAGGAGCGAAGUUCGAAGACGGAAGAAAAAGACCAACCUGCCAGUGCCAAACCAGAGGGUGAGCCAUCGUCUGGCUGGCGACACGGAGGUUGGCGUCGUAAGAUGAGCGAAUAUUACACGUCGGAACUGGAGAAGCGUAAGGACAAAGGCAAGAGCGAACGUCGACAUGAGCCAGCCCGCGCCUACCAAUUCGGCAACACAAUUAUUGUUGAAGAUGAAGACGGUGAAGUCGUCAAGACAUACGAGCUGCCUUCGUCCAAGCCUGACGGACAGGAGAGCGAUCUAAUUGGUGCAAGCCUUAAGUAUCUUGGCCUGGGUGCUCUCGCCCGUCAAAGCGAAAAGAAUACUGCUGCAGCAGCGGAAGAGGGCCAGGCAGGCGUCGAAUCAUCAAACAAGUCGCAACCCAGACCUGGCUGGGCUGGCUUUGGCCAACGUGGUGACGGGGUUAGGCGCAAGAGUGUCGCCCAACAGCAGCAGCAGGAUGACGACGAUAAGAAAAUCAGAUUCACUAUCGGCGGUGUUGGUAGGCGCAUGACCAAGGAGGACUUUAUCAGAGAAGUUCAGAAGCUAGACGCCGGUACGCGCAACGAAGUUGUCGACCACUCUACCGCCUCAAACGCCCUCAAGUCUAUUGCCAGGCAAGACGCGCCUGUGAAAACCAAGAUUACUCAGUCACAGCGUCCGGUUCCAGCAAUUCGGGAACAUGACAGCGAGAGUGGCAGCAGCAACGGGGAAAGCAGCCGUGCUGCAGAAAAACGUUCCGUAUCCAUGUCACCGACUCGAAAGCAACCCCAGGUCACCGAGCCCCCUCGCGGUCGACGUGACCAUCCGUCCGAGGAACAAAGCGAGACCGGCGUUGAGCGCAGACGCCGGCUGGCAGUCCUUGCCGGCCAGGCUGAAGAUGACGACAAAGAAAAUGACGAUACUGGCGAAACGCCGGCAGAAAAACGCCGACGCCAGGCGGCCUUGGGGAUGGGUGGCCCUGCGGCUGAGGAAGACAGCGACUCUGAGGACGAGGGAACGGAGAGAGUUCCCCCGGCGAGGCCAGGCAUUCGAUUCGCAGAGCCUCAGAGAAAGGGUACAUGA